AUGUCUACAAAACGAACUCUAGACGCGUUCUUCACGCCGACCGCGAAGAAGUCGCGUAAGGAAGAUGAGUCGGCCGAGAAUAUCGGACACUCUACCCAUGCCAGCUAUCCCAUGGCGAUCUCGGAGCUACCGUCUAGUAUCAGCAAAGAGCUCUCAUCGCUUCCAGCGCGUCCGGGAAGGGAGAUCAAUGACCAGCCAGAUCUCGACCUGGUCUACUAUGAACCAUAUAUCCCCUUGUACCUGACCAAUAAGCUCUUUGAGUUUCUGCGUGCCGAGUUGCCGUUCUAUCGCGUCGAGUACGACAUCAACAGGGGCGGGUACAAGACCCAUAUCCGGACGCCGAGGUACACCACAGUCUUUGGCCUGGACGAGACAGCCCGGUUUGACGAGGACGGCUCGGUCGUGGAUGCCAAGUCCGGCUUCAAGGUGGAUGACAAGCGAUACGAGCGGUACCCGCCCCGCCCGAUCCCCAAGUGUCUCGAUGACCUCCGUCGCUCGGCCGAGGCCGCGACGGACUGCAGGUUCAACUUUUGCCUCGUCAACUACUACGCCUCGGGCGCGGACAGCAUCUCCUUUCACAGCGACGACGAGAGGUUCCUGGGCCCCGACCCGGCCAUCGCCUCCUUUUCCCUCGGUGCGCGACGGGACUUCUUGAUGAAACACAAGCCCGUGGCCCCAGAUGACCAGAACCUGGACAGGCCGCAACCAAAACAGGUCAAGCUGCCCCUGGCCAGCGGCGACAUGAUUCUCAUGCGCGGGCGCACGCAGUCCAACUGGCUGCAUUCGAUACCCAAGCGGACCGGAAAGAACGCGGAAGACGGCGGGCGGAUCAACAUCACGUUCAGACGGGCCAUGGUGAAGGAUGGAACUGAGAAUUACUACAACUAUAACGUUGGAACCGGGCCUGUCUAUCGGUGGGACAAAACAAUGCGGGAAAUGCGGUUAUCUUCCGCCAAAGACCAGCUCGAGGGAAAACCGUGA